GUCCGCCACCGGCCAGCAUGUUGUUUACAAUAAAAGGACGGUCAAACAGUCUUUAGAGAGCAACUGUAUAAAACGCUGCUAUCAGAUUUAUAUACAUUUACGUUUUAUUUUUUAAGCUUUGUGUGUUAAUUUUUUUAAAAAUGGAUGAAUUUAAGUGUUUUAUCUGUGGCAAAUUUUAUAGAAAAAAAAUAUGUCUGAGAGUACAUAUGUUAAAGCAUGAUUCCACCACAAAGAUUAAAUGCGGAGUAUGUUCAAGGAGAUACACCCAAAAAAACAACCUAUAUUCACACAUAAAAAAAGCUCACGGCUUCACUAGAGGUAGUAUACAGAUGCAAAGAGCUAUGCAAGUACACAAAAGGCCAUUAUUAAACUGUGACCAAGCAACUUCCACCGAUACAUCACACGAUGAACCAGUUGUGCCGUACACCGAGGCCACUCCUGCUGUAACAUUCACACAAGAUCGGGAAUCCACAAGCGCAGUCACAGAGACUAACUACACGCCACCGUCACUACCGCAGCAAAAUAAAUACCGCGUGGACAUAGGAGGACUUCAUCUUCCUAUCCAGCACCAGACCAAAGUAUUGGUUAAGGCAAACUCGGAAACAUCGACUGACGGUGUCGGGGAAGCCGAAGACAGUAGCAGUGACAGUAGCAGUGACAGUAGCAGCUGCGACAGUAGCACUAGUAGCAGCGGAAACCACACAGAUGGUGAUAAUGUCAUCGAGAAUUCUUUGACGGCUGCGAUGAGGAUUCGUUGCCCGAAUUGUUCAACAGAGAUGAUUUUAUACACAGACUAUGUGUAUGAUACAUGUGCCAAAUGCCAACAUCAUUUUGAGUAAUUUAAGAGGUUGACUGUCCCAAUAAUGUCCUCACUUAACAACAUUAAUUUUAAAAAAUAAAUAAAUAUUAUGCCUAUAUUAUCAUCCUUAUUGUUCUUUUAUAAGUACAAUUUUAUAAGUCAAUGUAAAUUUUUGUAAAUAAUUUUAUGUAUUAUAAAUUGUAAAGCCUCAAAAAAAAAACUAAUUAAAAAGUUACCUGACGGUCAGGAAUACUUAAUAAAUAUAAAAAAAAAAGAACAAGUGAUUGACUUCGUUAUUAUUAUAUUACUAUUGACUAUGCCACAUAAUAUUAAUUAUGUAUUAUCAAUAAUAUUGAUGUAUUAUGAGCCUAUUAUUAGUACCUAUCAUAAACGAUUAUAAAUGUAAGUAGACUAUAGUGUGAUUGAAUGUAUUGUACAUUGGAAUUAAUUUCCGCCAAUAAAGAUUAUCAUUAUAAAUCGGUGUACCUCGGUCCUUGAAGCAAACUAUAAUAUUAAAACUAAUAAAUGGAUAUAAUAUGUUUUUUGAUAAAAUAAAAUGUUCUUAGAUAAUUAUUAUUGAAGUGAUUUUAUUACAACAUUACAUUUUUGGCAAAACUGUGGUUUGCUACUCAUCUGUAUCAACAUAUACAUACACAUUGACUUCCCCUUUUAUAGUGUAUGCUAUGUAUGAUAUGUUUUUAGAAGAACGUAACAGAAUAUACAUGUUUGCAAUUAAUUUAUUGGCACGAGUUUUUAAGAAAUUAAGUACCUAAUUAUUUAUUUUUAAGUAAACCAUAAUCCUUACGAAACAAUUAAUGAGAAAUAUAUAUUUAGUUUAUCUAUAUGAUUUCAGAUUUAACAAAAUGUAAGGUAAUGUAACAUAUUAUCUGAGUUUCUUCAAAGUUCAAUCGAUAUUAGUUGGCGCACUUUUUUGUAUUAUUUAUUUGAUCACACAAAUAUGAAAUAAUAUAAUAUUCAAUAUAAUUUCUUGCAUUUGCUUCAGUUGGUAGUUUAGUGUAUUAUUGUCAACUAACAAGUCAAAAUUGUGUUUUUAUAUUGUUUUUUUUUUCAAUUUGCUUACUUAGUUAUUAAAGCUUUUUUUUAAAACGCUAAAUUUUUGGAAAAUUCAGUGACUCACUGAGUAUUCAUUUAUGGUGUACACAAAAAAUCAACUCUGAUAAUUAGUAAAAUGGACCAUCCUGUAAUUUUGUACAAUGCAAUUAAUAAUUAUGAAAUGUUUUAAAAAUAACGCAAC